UGAGGUUAAAUGACGGGGCAACGACCCAAGGUGCUUACCGACACGCAUUGGACAUGUAUCGUGUUCUAGAGGCAAAGAGUGAGUUGCGCCUUAAUGAUUUCCUAUAUGACAACGUUGACUGCGGUCGGCUGUGGGAGUUGGGUGGCCAGCAAGGCAGGAGAAGAACGCAAGUCGCCCAGGAUGAUGCAAGGAGGGAUCCUCGAUGGGGUUGGGUGCCAUCUGCAGUCCCAUUUGGAUAUGGUCGUGUCAAGAUGCAAGUGCGUGAUAUCAUGGGCACUGUGUGGAGCGCGCAUUACGUGAAUGGCAUGUUUUCGUUCCGUCAUUUCGAUAAAGAAGCAACUGCAGAGGAAAAGGAAGCGAUGAGAUGCAGGCCACGCGAUGCACGCAUUUCUGACCCGCCACUCGACAAUCCUGUCGAGUUGGCCCUCGCUGAAGGGAAGGUGUUUACUGGUGAGAAGCGCAUCACAUACGUCCACGUUAUGGGGAAAGAAGCCACAUUUGACGGCAUCUGUAUGGACGUAUGGGACCAUACAGCAAUGCGGAAGGAUGUCGUCGCAGCCAGUAACAUUGCGGCGCAUGUGAUUCAAGAAUGGCAGUUGUACCAGCAUGUGGCCCGUGACAUGUACGGGUACCAUGUCAACUCGGUACCUGGUUCUUUGCAUCCAGCAGUUGUUGAUGGCAAAGUGACACUGGCAGCAAGGAUGCAAUCCGGUGAGUGGUUGCCUUUGGGUUGGAUGCAUGCUGGCGUUGUGGAGCAUUGGCAGUUCUUGGUGGUGGUGACACGUGUUUCCGUUUGCAAUCCUCAUGUGAGGGACCGGCGAUUGUUGGAGGAACACGCUCAACGUUGUUGGGAGAAGAUAAGGGAGGAAGAUCGACAGAUGGUGUGCAUGGGAUAUGACGACCACAAUGACCGGGCGAUGUGGUUCAUUAUGGAAGACGCGUGCACCGACCAACCACGGCCCUCGAUGAAUAACUUGUUGCUGGAGGGCAUUCGACGCAGAUACGGGUGCACAUCACUACUUGGGUGGAUCCCUGUCGUCUAUCCUAUGACAUAUGAGCAUGGGGAACAAAUGUGCAUGAGAUUGAGAGACCCUCUGGGUGUCCCUUUCCAGCUCACGUUCAUGGAUGGACUGCUACGACACAUUCAGUACGCGGGUGAUGACGACGGUCGUGCUGCAAUCAACCCUCAACAAACAGCACAGCAGCAGCAGGACAUUUCACAUUUCUCCUCUGAGGUCGACGCCCCGGAAACGGCACAUGAUGGGGGAUGUUCUCACGCACAGCCCGACGAUGGUGACACCCCUGUAGAGCACGUGACAGGGAGGGCAGAGAAGAAGAAGAAGCAGUGCACGUCCAGGCCGCCUCGUCAUCCCAGGAGUCCCACAAAAGCAAAAGGCAAAUAAAAAGUUGUCCCACGUAGAGGCGAGACUCCCAAAGCA